GAAUGUAUCAUCUUCUUUUCUUUCCCUUCUCGCUCUCUGCUAGGGAUUGGACAUUCUUCGCUUGCCCAUAAGCUUCCUCGUAUAAGAACGAUCUUCCGGGUCCCUUCUUCCUCCCUCCUCCUCGACGUUUCUCUCGUUUCAUCGUUCCUCGAAUCCGAGUCGAAAUACCCUUACUCCUCCGCCCUCGAGCACAUUACAUUGUCCUAGGACACUUUGCAUAAUGCCCCUCAUCAAGACGACAGAGAUCAACGAGGACACUCGCGUCCUCGGAUACGAUCCCUUGCUGUCCCCCCAGUUCCUUCAGACCGAAAUCCCCGCUCCCGCUCAUGCCAUUGCCGCUGUCCGAUCCGGCCGCAACCAGGCAAUUGAGAUCAUUGAGCAACGCGAUGACCGUCUUCUGGUUGUCGUCGGUCCGUGCUCCAUCCAUGACCCUGCCACGGCCCUCGAGUAUGCAGCUCGCCUGAAGGAACUCUCCACGAGACUUUCCUCCGACCUCUGUGUCAUCAUGCGCGCCUACCUGGAAAAGCCCCGCACCACGGUGGGAUGGAAGGGAUUGAUCAACGACCCGGACAUUGAUGAGUCCUACAACAUCAACAAGGGACUUCGGGUCUCCCGUCAGCUGUACGCCGAUCUCACCAGCAUGGAGAUGCCCAUCGCAAGUGAGAUGCUGGAUACCAUUUCCCCCCAGUACCUUGCAGACCUCAUCUCGCUCGGAGCCAUCGGUGCCCGCACAACCGAGUCGCAGCUCCACCGUGAACUGGCCUCGGGUCUGAGUUUCCCCAUCGGCUACAAGAACGGUACCGAUGGAAACCUGACUGUUUCGAUCGAUGCCAUCGGCGCCGCGGCUCACUCCCACCGCUUCCUCGGUGUGACCAAGCAGGGCCUCGCUGCCAUCACAAAGACUUCUGGCAAUGAGCAUGGCUUCGUGAUCUUGCGUGGCGGCAGCAAGGGUACCAACUACGACCGCGAGAGCAUUCGUGGUGCCCGUGAGGCCUUGCGCUCCAAGAAGCAGCGGGAGGUGGUCAUGGUGGAUUGCUCGCACGGUAACUCGAACAAGAACCACCGCAACCAACCCCUGGUCGCCAAGGAAAUCGGCGACCAGCUUCGCGAAGGUCAGGAUGCGCUGGUUGGCGUCAUGAUCGAGUCCAACAUCAAUGAGGGUAACCAGAAGGUGCCCGCCGAGGGCCCGUCGGGCCUGCGCAAGGGAGUCAGCAUCACGGAUGCUUGCAUUGAUUGGGACACGACCGUCAGCGUCCUGGAGGACCUGGCUGAUGCCGUCCGUGCUAGACGGGCCGUUAAGGCGUCUGGCAAGGCCAAUGGCAACUAGAUGACAAGCCACAAUACUACCAAAAGAAAAAAGCGCGAAUUUUCCUUUGUUCCAAAAUGAUGCUUUAGAUACCAUUAAUAGUGUCUCUUUUCUUGUUUGUCUUUGAGCUUCGGUUUCGGCAAUUGGCAUUUAGAUGACAUUCUCUAGGAGCCAGAUGGUGGUGACGUUGGGAAG